AUGCCACGUCUGCUAGAUACGGUGUUUGACGUAAAGAACAGUUUGAAGUGCAAAUUUGAUCAUUCCAAGGAGAUGGUCGAAGAACGGGCGUCCAAGAAGAAAAUCAAUCGACUAACGCAGCUAUGCGUGGCAUUGUUCGGAAGUGUGCCGUAUGUGGGGCUAAACGCGUUCUUGGUUGAGCAAAGUGUGCAUACGCAGGUGCUGGUCGAGGGAUGGUCUUUGGGUGCCAUCGGAAGUGUAAUUUUGCAGGUAUUUUGAAUUUAUAAUGUUUUCAGCAUGCUGAUAUUACAGAACGCAGAAAAAGUUAAAUACACUACAGUGAGGGACCUGACUCAGUGGCAAAAAACGUGCCAUUUUGCUUACGGGAGGUAUCAAAAAUGUGGCAAAAUGUUUCCCUCUUUUAGUGAAGAAACUUCGUUUUGAAGGGGGCGCCCUUUCCCCCACAAAAAGAGCGAGCGCGCUUUUGAAACCGGGAUUUUUUCACUUGGAGAGGGAAGCAUUUUGCCACAUUUUUGAUACUUCCUGAAAGCAAAAUGGUACGUUUUUUGCCAUUGGAUCAGGUCCCUAACUGUAGUAUUAUAAAAAUUUAUAUUCUGUAUUGUAAUGUAAAAAAUGCAUUGUCUUUUAGCUUGCCGCAAUAUGCGUAGUCUCCGCUGCCCUCAUCGAAUUUUUCUUCCUGAAAAUCAAAUUGCCAAGAGGACCGAUCAUAUUGAUUGUAUUUACUCUAGUCGCAACAUCAACUCUAAUCCUUGGAUUCUGCAGUGAAUAUACGGUAGUAAUCUUCGGGAAAGAGAGGUCAAUAGUCGUCUACUUGACAAUGUUCAUCAUUUGUCUACCGUGCUCCAUGUCGGACGUAUUUAUCAUCCCGUAUAUGAAGAAUCUGCCGCAAAUGUAUUUCUUGACUUUUUUCGUUGGAAUUGGAAUCAGCGCAUUGUUUCCCAUGGCUAUUGCUUUGGCUCAGGGUAAGUCGAAUUCUUUCCACAGGUCAGAUAUAAUACAAGAGCCCUAAAAUGGUCAAGGGCUUUCAUACAGCUCAUAGGACCGAUUGAUUUCGUCAUGAAUUCGUUGACCGUUCCAAUCCUUACUGUUUUCAGGAGCCUCCACAUACGAAUGCGUUGCCUCAAAGAACGACCCCAACGAUCUCAGACCUAACUUUGACCUCAGAUUCGGAGUCACCAUUUUCUACAGCUGUAUAUGCGCAUUCCAAGUCCUCGGAACGAUAGCUUUCGGCUUACUUCAUUACAAACAAGACUUACUGAACCGACUUUGGUUCGGCGACUCUUAUUUAUUGAAAGAAACGAGCAGCACCGACGAGAUGUUGGAGAAAGAUGCGAACUUGAAGAAUAUCUGCGACAACCGAGACUACAUUUUUCUCGGACUGCUGGGCGUGCUGACCGUUCAAGUUUAUGUGUUCUUGCCGAGUCUGAGGAGUUAUGCGACCUUACCGUAUUCUAGAGUAAGCGAAUUUUAUUUUUGGUUGUGAAUAAGAUGCUCGUUGGAGUCCCUGAGUCACUGUCUGUCCAGCUAACACAAUUUUUCAAAGUGACACAACCAAAAUUUUUCAGGAAGCCUACUACUGGGCGUUGGUAAUUUCUUGCAUUUGCGACCCAACGGGCGGACUAUUGGCUUACUUCUUUCCGACAAAGCGAAUCCGCCAUUUUAUGAUAUGCAUUACAAUUGUUACAAUCAUAUGGCUCUACAUUAUAAUCCAAUCCUUUAACAGUCCGUAUCCAUGGUUUGUUGGGACACUGUUUGGAAGUUUGUUAGCGGUAGGUAAUUUCUUGAAAUGCUUGGUACGUAUAUAUAUAUAUAUAUAUAUAUAUAUAUAUAUGUAUAUGUAUAUGUGUGUACGUGAAAAAGACAAAUAUGUAACAUACGUAUACAUAAUUAACCUGAUUACAGGUUGUUCUUCAAACUGCAAUGAGGAUAAUUCAAUUCUACGCCGUUUCCCUGUUAUUUGAGGCCGUUAUGGAGCAAGGAAAAACAGAGCCGGAGAGAGAGCGACGCUUACUGUAUUGCGGGUUUGCCUCACAGUUUGCGAAUCUCUGUGGAACCGCGGUGAUUUACAUUCUCGUCAAUGCCUUAGAGCUGUUCCAAGAUCUACCUCCUUGCUGA